AUGAAUACGGAUGUUGGAAUGAUUUGCAGUCCGCCGGGUUUGUCUUCUUUGGUUCCAAACGUAUCUUCGUCACUAAACAGCAGCUCGAUGAUCGGAAAUGUGAUUGACCCAUUUGUAAACGCCCAACUGCCUACCAGUUCGGCACCUGUCGCUGGUUUUUCGGCUGCCCCAGGUGCAGAACAUUCUGCUCAGAAACAUCAGCAGCAGCUUCAACAACAACAGCAACAACAACAUUUGACCAACGGCGUCGAUGGACAGAAGAAAAUUGUUAUGGAUUACGAAGCGGAUUUUCCAACCCUACCAGCUGCAUCUCCUCAGUAUGCUAUUCCCACUGCGGUGACACAGUCUGCACUCACCCAGAUUUUUCACAUACCCAGCGAAGAACGUCGUUACAGAGAUGAAAGCGACCAUGCGUUUGGGGAAAAGAACCAGGAACAACAAGAAUGCAAUACAAUCAUGGGCAAAACUAGUAAGAGUGCUUUAGUAAUGUACUUGAUGGUGAGACGUGAAACCAGGGGCGAAUAUCAAAUGGGGAUAUUUAUGCUGGUCGUUCCUGCCAUUUCUCUGAAGGACUUAAUGAGAGCCAAUGGACAGAAGCAACAUAACUUCAGUUGCACGGUUCAUUGCAAUGAUGACCGAUUUUUUGUCAGUUUUGUGUAAUA